AUGCCGAAGCGAAAAGCAAGUACAUCGUUCCGGAAGGAGACUGAUGCGGGCCAUAACCAAAAGGUCGAGGCGACUCCUGCAGAAGAAGUUGAAGAAAUCGAUCAAGAUGACAUUUGCCCCAUCUGCCAUUUGCUUCUCUAUCGACCGGUUCGGACUCGAUGUAAUCACACCCUGUGCGAAGCGUGCAUGGCUCAUUGGGCUGAUGUCUCCAUCACCUCUCAAAUGACUACGGUCGGAUUGGAUGAUCAAGCCGUGGUCCUAUUACCGCAUGAAAUCGAAACGAGAUGUCCCAUGUGCCGGACUUCCACGACCGCCACAUUUGAUCCGUUAAGAGAAUCAGCCUUACGACGACAGUAUCCCAAGUCAUUCAAGGCCCGUGAGAUAGAGAGUACCCUGGCAGAUGAAGAUGAUGUCGCCACUAAAAUCGAGAUUCUCACCGUGUACAUCGGAAACCAGCACAGGCUCAUCAGGGCGUACGACGAAUCUAACAACAGGCAUGACUGGACGUUCUUUGUGAGACCCUCGAGGACCGAUUUGAUCGAAGAGAUGCAGAUCUUCCUGCACCCAACGUUCCGCAAUCCACGAGUCAUCAAGCAAUAUCCGCCAUACGAAGUUCGUCGCCUUGGAUGGGGAUAUUUUACGAUCUUUGUCAAUAUCAUUCUCAAAGCUGGUUACAGCUGGGUUAGCUCCGAAGCCGAGGAUACGCCUGACGGGGCCCCGAAAGGCAAGCUGCCGCUUGAGUGGACUCUGGAUUUUAACGGACGUGGAUCUCAAGGACGAUUGAGGCUGAAGGUGAGAAAAGAGAAGGAGGGUCAAGAAGCCGAAGAUGAAGAAGAACGUGAGGAGGUGAGAAGGCUGUGGGCGAGGCAACGGGUGGCAGACCCUGACUGGGGCGAUCCCGAAGAUGUCUCCUAG